AAUGCAAAAGUAGGCUCGACGUGGGACGCUGCUGCCCUCACAAGCACCGUCCUCUCUCCCUCUCUCUCUCUCGCUAUAUCUCUCCACAAAGCCGCCACCGCCACCGCCACCACCACCACCAAAAGGAAAACCCCAAACUAUAGAGAGAAAGUGGAGAGAGAGUGAAAGAGAAACACUGACGCGGGAAACUCUAGAGAGAGAAUAGAGGAGAGAGAAAAAAAUCAAGUGGCAGCGUCCACGAGGCCCCCCGGCCAGACGCCGAUGAGGAAGAAAUCUGCUUAGCGAGCGUCCAUGGCGGAGGGCUCUCUCUCUCAUCACUCCACGGCGGGGGGCGCGCUCGUGCCCUCGGUCAAGGGCGAGCAGAGGUCUGGCUCUGCAUCGGCACCGGAGGGCGAUGAGGGCUUGGGAGUCGGGUCGGGGCCAGGGGCGGGGGCGGGCUUGGGCGUGGAGGUGGAUAAAGAUUUCCUCUGCCCUAUUUGCAUGCAGAUGAUCAGGGAUGCCUUUCUGACGGCCUGUGGGCACAGCUUCUGCUACAUGUGUAUUGUGACGCAUCUCAAUAAUAAGAGUGAUUGCCCCUGUUGUGGCCGAUUCCUCACCAACAACCAGCUCUUCCCCAAUUUCCUGCUCAAUAAGCUCUUAAAGAAGACAUCCGCAUGCCAAAUAGCAAAAACAGCUUCUCCUGUAGAGCAUUUGCGGUUGGCCCUUCUACAGGGUGCAGAAGUCUCAGUUAAGGAGCUAGAUGGCUUGUUGUCUCUUCUGGCCGAGAAAAAGAGGAAGAUGGAGCAGGAAGAGGCUGAGACGAACAUGAAAAUUCUGCUUGAUUUCUUGCACUGCCUAAGGAAGCAAAAGCUUGAGGAGCUGAAGGAGGUGCAAACUGAUCUCCAGUAUAUAAAAGAAGAUGUAAGUGCUGUGGAGAGGCAUAGAAUUGAACUAUACCGAGUCAAGGAGAGGUAUUCGGUGAAAUUGCAGAUGCUUCUUGAUGAUCCCAUGGCUGCAACAGGCUUCCCUACCUCAAGUGACAAGCAUAAUAAUGGCCUUUCUUCUAAUGUUCAUGGCACCCAAGGUGUGGCUGUCUCUGAGAGUUUUCAGAACAAGAAAUCUGAAGUCAAGGGACAAGGCAGUUCUCAAGGAAUACAAAGAAAGGAUACAUUUAAUGGGUCAGAUUCUCAAAAUGUUCUUGGUCAAUCUGGUCUGGCUGUUGCAAGGAAGAGAAGAGUUCAUGCGCAGUUUAAUGAUCUCCAAGAAUGUUAUUUGCAAAAGAGGCGUCGUGGGGCUGGCCAAUUGCCUAAGCCAGAAGAAAGGGAUGGGAGUGGGGUAAAUAGAGAAGGUUACCAUGCAGGUCUGGAGGAUUUUCAGAAUGUAUUGACCACCUUUACUCGAUACAGUCGUUUGCGUGUCAUUGCGGAGCUUAGGCAUGGGGAUCUUUUUCAUUCUGCAAAUAUUGUAUCAAGCAUAGAAUUUGAUCGUGAUGAUGAAUUGUUUGCCACUGCUGGAGUUUCAAGACGUAUUAAAGUGUUUGAAUUUUCCACUGUUGUAAAUGAACCUGCAGAUGUUCAUUGUCCUGUUGUGGAGAUGUCCACUCGAUCUAAACUGAGUUGCUUAAGUUGGAACAAGUACAAUAAGAGCCACAUUGCAAGUAGUGAUUAUGAAGGAAUAGUAACUGUCUGGGAUGUAACAACCCGUCAGAGUGUUAUGGAAUAUGAGGAACAUGAGAAACGGGCAUGGAGUGUUGAUUUCUCACGUACUGAACCUUCAAUGCUUGUUUCUGGGAGCGAUGACUGCAAGGUUAAAGUUUGGUGCACAAAGCAAGAAGCCAGUGUUCUCAAUAUUGACAUGAAAGCAAAUAUUUGCUGUGUCAAGUAUAAUCCAGGAUCUAGCAUAUAUGUUGCGGUUGGUUCUGCAGAUCAUCAUAUUCAUUAUUAUGAUCUGAGAAACAUUAGUGCUCCAGUACAUGUUUUCAGUGGACACAGCAAAGCAGUUUCUUAUGUGAAGUUCUUAUCAACUAAUGAGCUUGCAUCUGCAUCCACAGACAGUACAUUACGCUUAUGGGAUGUGAACGAAAAUUGCGCUGUGCGGACGUUUAAAGGACACACGAAUGAAAAGAAUUUUGUGGGUCUCACAGUGAACAGCGAGUACAUAGCUUGCGGCAGCGAAACAAACGAAGUUUUUGUGUACCACAAGGCUAUUUCAAAACCAGCAGCAUGGCAUAGGUUUGGUUCCUCUGAAGUGGAUGACAGUGAUGAUGAUGCAGCCUCACAUUUCAUAAGUGCGGUGUGUUGGAAGAGCGAUAGCCCAACAAUGUUGACUGCAAAUAGUCAAGGAACAAUAAAGGUUCUUGUUCUUGCAGCGUAAGCUUGAUUAGAAGGCGGGUUUUCUGUUUUCCUGGCAUUUGUGCUAUUCUUUAAGUGAACAGGUGAAUUCUUAGUUUGUUGCAUUCAUGAUGGUGUAUAAAAUUGGUUGCACAUAGAAGGGAAGGUCCUAAGAAAGUACCUAUGUGAUAUGUAGAAUGUUAAUCUGAUCAAUAUAAGAAGGCUCAUUAUUUUGUUUCCUUC